GUAAUAUUAGUCCUUGAUUGUAAAUGUGAAGUGGGGUGGUGGAGUUUGUGCAUGGGGGUCUUUUCAAGAACGGAUUUUUACAUCAUCUUUCAGCGGCAAAUGCUAAAGACUAAGGAGCUUUCUGGAUUGUUUGAUUGAUAUCUUAUCCAUCUGAAAGAAUAAGUUUGCUUUAGUGGAUUGGAAAUGUAUGUGGUGGAGAGUAAAGGAGGAGCUAUAGCAUGUAUGCUCCUGUCAUUGUUAUUGUUGGGCACAUGGCCUGCGAUUCUGACUCUCUUAGAGAGGCGUGGUCGUCUCCCUCAGCACACUUAUCUUGAUUAUACAAUCACUAAUCUCUUGGCUGCUUUAAUUAUCGCAUUCACAUUCGGUGAAAUUGGAACGAGCAGUAUCGAUAAGCCAAAUUUCAUAAAUCAGCUAACUCAGGAUAACUGGCCGAGCGUAUUGUUUGCAAUGACCGGUGGGAUUGCUCUCAGCCUUGGUAACCUGGCAACACAAUAUGCUUGGGCCUUUGUUGGUCUGUCUGUUACUGAGGUGAUUACUUCAAGCAUAACAGUUGUCAUAGGCACAACUUUAAAUUACUUCUUAGACGAUAAAAUCAACAAAGCUGAGAUUCUUUUUCCUGGUGUUGGAUGCUUCUUGAUUGCCGUUUGUUUUGGCUCUGCUGUUCAUUCGUCCAAUGCAGCAGAUAAUAAAGCUAAGCUCACUAGUUUCUCCAAUGAUUAUGAAGACGGAUCAGUGAUAAAAGAUGAAUCUGUCUCCGAGGAAACCUAUGCAAACAAGGCUGAAAAUCUCGAGAACGGAACUGCUACAAAGGAGAAGGCAAAAUUUGGGACUGCAGAUUUUCUGAUAAAGCUUGAGAAUAAAAGGGCAAUAAAGGUACUUGGGAAGGGAACUUUCAUUGGUUUGGCCAUAACUUUCUUUGCUGGAGUUUGUUUUUCUCUCUUUUCCCCAGCUUUCAACGUGGCCACCAACGACCAGUGGCACAAGUUGAAAGACGGCGUUGCCCACCUAAGUGUAUACGCUGCAUUUUUCUACUUCUCGGUUUCCUGCUUUCUGAUAGCAAUUAUUCUAAACAUCAGCUUCUUGUACCGCCCGGUGUUGAAUUUGCCUAAGUCUUCGCUCAAGGCUUAUGUAUCAGACUGGAACGGCAGACGUUGGGCCUUCUUGGCCGGACUUUUGUGUGGGUUCGGAAACGGUCUUCAGUUUAUGGGAGGUCAAGCUGCUGGAUAUGCUGCAGCUGAUGCUGUUCAGGCACUUCCACUUGUGAGCACAUUUUGGGGCGUGCUUCUGUUUGGCGAGUAUAGAAGAUUGUCAAGAAGAACGUAUGUGCUGCUCGUUGGCAUGCUGUCGAUGUUUAUUGUUGCAGUUAGCGUGCUUAUGGCUUCAUCAGGUCACAGAAAGUAGAUAUAGUUUCCAAUUUCCAGGUCUGUUGUCUGUGUUGUUAGUAAAGAUCAUCAGGAUAUAUAGCUUUUCGGAGUCGUUCACGUCAUGUACUUGACUAUAAACAAACAAAUUAACAAGAAAGGGAAGCAAACGAACUACUCUGAGUAUGUAAUAAAAAUAAAAUAGUUCUUGC